GGCACGAUGCCAGACUAACAGCUGUGUGGGUUUGUCUAGCUGCUACAGAUGAGGGAAGGGAUAAGUCACUGCCUCUCUACCCUCCCUCUACUCUACCACACACCACUAAGCAGAAAGGCACCCAUACAGUAGCUGCAUCCAGUCAAUAACCAGAGGGAAUUCUUCAUCACAGGUGUUGGUGACUGGUCUAUGGUCCACAGAGGGGGAUUCCAGCCAUGCUCUCCACGGUGAUCUCCAACAGCUGUUCACUCUAUGGGGACUAUGGCAACUAUGGACCUCCCCCAUACCCCAGGAAGAACAUCAGACCCAGAGCUUCACUUCGACACAACCCAUAUAACCCAUGCAGACCAUACCUGAGGAGGGUCAUUAUAACAUCUCAAUAUUCACUGCAAAGAUGACUAGUUUAUAAUUGUAUUGUUAUCAAUAUCUUCACUGUUCGAUUGCAGAUGACACCUUACUGUCUUGAUGUCUUGAUUGCAGGUGGACACUAGAGUAUCUUUAGCCGAUCCCAAGAAAAUCUCCAGGACCUCCAGUAGGGGUCAGUAUGUCACCGUGCCUGUUCACCAUCCAAAGCUGCAUCUCUCUCCGACACUGGGGCUAGGCAUGGGGCCUCCCCGGCCCAACACCAGACAGAGCCCACUGCCGGUCAGUCAGAGGAUCAUCCAAUCACAGCACAAAGCAAGGCAGACCAGGAGUGCUGAGAGCUGCUCCAGUUAUGACAGAAGCUCCUGGGUUAAGAAAGGCUCUAGUAAACCUAGUAAAGGGAAGAAAACACAGAACAAGGCCACAUCUUCUUCUUCCAAGAGUACAGGAGACAUACGACACAAGAGUUCCAGUUCUAAUGGUCGCCAGCACCAUCGCUACUUCACCAAGGAUGGCAUGUGUCGCGGCUCAUCAUACAGCUCCAAGAACAAGAUGUGUGACCUGAUCGGCACCCUGGUGGAUCUGAAGUACAGCUGGAUCCUAUUUGUCUUUACCCUGUGCUACAUCGUCACCUGGACAGCCUUUGCAGAGCUCUACUUCCUGGGUGCCUGGCUGUGUGGUGAUAUGGAACACAUACAAGACCCGCAAUGGCACCCAUGCUUUGAGAAAUUGGACAGUUUCCAUUCAGCCCUCUCUGUCUCCAUGGACAGCCAAAUCAUCAAUGGCUACGGCUCUAGAGUGGCCUCAGCCAACUGCAUGGACAGGGUGGUUCUCAUGAUGGCACAGUCCAUCAUUGAAUCAGUGUUAGACGCUCUGAUGCUGGGCUGCAUCCUGGCCAAGCUAGCCAAGCCUAAGAGGAGGCUGCCCACUCUGUUGUUCAGUCAGCACUGUGUGGUCUCUGAGAGGGAUGAGAGGCUGUGCCUGAUGUUCAACGUCAAGACUCUGAAAGAAACACACAUGCUGGUGGCAGAGAUAAGAGCCAAGCUGAUCAAAUCUCACCAUACCAAAGAGGGAGAGUUCAUCCUGUUGGAGCAGAGAGAGCUGACUCUGGGGAUGGGGCCAGAUGGAGCCAGGCUGUUCACAGUGGAGCCACAGACUGUGGAGCAUGUCAUUGAUAAACAAAGUCCUCUCUGGGGCAUCAGCGCUGACUCUUUAAAGUGGGAGACCUUUGAAAUUGUGGUCAUGGUGGACGGAGCCGUCCAAGACGCAGGCACAGCCUUCCAUGUGAGGACCUCCUACACUGAAGAUGAGAUUAUUUGGGGACAGAGCUUUAAGUCAUACAUGCCACUAGACAAGAGGGGGAUUGGUUCCAAUCACAAGACCUCUGAUAAGAACUAUAAGGUCCAGACUGCCACACACAGUGACAGAGAGAUGGCAGUGAGACAAAGACAUGAGAGAUCCCCUGGACACGACACAGACUCUGUCCCCUCCAACAUGUCUACAAAGAAAGUACAUUACCAGUAUUUAUAUGAUCAAAUGUUACUGUGCAACUCAGUCGCUAAUAACAAUGGCACAGGAACUAGGAAACUUAGUAAGAAUGAGUUCUUUAUAUAAAUAUUGACGUUUGACAAGUCGGCAUAGAAGUGUUAAUCAAAGUUGAUGAAAUAAAGACACACUAUACAUAUCCUUCAGAAUGUUUAUACAAUGUGAAUAAACGAAUGCUGAUGACCAAUA